AUGAAUAGGUUUCAAAAAUAUAAAAAUUAAUUUUUCUCCAUAAAUAAUAAUUAAAAAUGGAAAGAGCUGCAAAUCUCAUAUUAAUAGCAGGAUCCCUACUCGUAGGAGGUGGAAUGCUAUUUAAGUCCUUCUUUUAUACAGUAGAUGGUGGACAAAGAGGAUUAAUAUUUGAUAGAUUUUAAGAGUGAAAGAAUCUGUCUAUGGAGAAGGAAUGCAUUUUUUUAUUCCAGUUAAUUAAGUAUUGAAUAAUAUCAUGACGAUAUCUAAUCUCCAAUUGUAGCUGUAGUGCGUCUAUAACCAAAAACCGUGGCUUCUCACACAGGAACAAAAGCUUUUAAACAGUGGAUAUUGCUAUUAGAAUGCUUCAUAAACCAAUUGAAUAAUAUUUACCAGAAAUUUAUGAUUAAUUGAU